AUGACUUCGCUGAAUGGCUUAGAGUGCGAAACGGUUGUCCUUCAGUAUAAUCUGUCGACAGCCUCUGCUGGCCUAGGUGAUGUACUAAGGGUCGAAGCGAAAAGAUACAGGCCUUCAGCAAACGCGUUCACUUCGUCCAGCGGCUGGAGAGAUGUCGGGGUCACUCUUCUCUUGAUGCACGGCGCUGGUUCUCAUAAAGAGCAAUGGGAGCCUACCAUCCAGCGCAUCCAUGAGGCGACUGCUGGACGUAAAGCUCAUGGCCAUGGAUCAUUCUCUCAAGAUCAGAGUACCAUCCGGGAGAUCUGGACGUUUGAUUGGCCGAACCACGGUAACUCUUCAGUACUCAAUGAGGAUCACUUCUCCUCUCGAUUGCCGUCCAAAAUAACUGUUCGCGAUAUAGGUCAUUUCCUCGCGACCUUUGUGAAGUCCAGGCAUUUCCAGGGCCAUCGAAUUAUCCCCGUCGGUCACUCUGCUGGGACCUGCGCAGCCAUCUUUUCCGUAUCACAUUUCCCCCCGUCGCAUGUCCCCUACGAGUCGCUCAUCCUGAUUGAGCUCCCAUGUAUCACAGACGACGUAUACAGGUCUUCCAAGUCUACCGUUUCGGAUAGUGGCUUUCAGUAUGAGUAUGAUCGCCGAGCGGAUAUCCUACGGCGCCGGAUAGAAGGAGGGCGCUCGCGCUGGUCAAGUAAGAGUGCGGUUUUCGAGUGGACGUCUAAGCGGCUGCCUUGGAGUCGAUGGGAUAGUCAAGUGCUCGAUCUCUAUCUGGAAUACGGGUUCCGAGAGUCUUCAAGCACUGAAGAAGCGGCGGCCGGUCGGCCGAGUGUCACACCAAAGUGCACUCGAGUAACAGAGGCGGCCUCCCAGACAGACACUGUCGCGUAUCGCGAGGCCGCCAAUAUGCUUCUUAACCAAAUCAUGCCUCAUGUACCGGUGCAUCUCAUAUUUGGCCGCGACGAAGAUAUCGUGCCAAAAUGGGUGCAAGACUCUAUGAUUGAUGGCGGUGCUGGGCUAUGGGCGUCGGUGCAUGGGAUGGACGGCGUCGGUCAUUUGGUCGUUCAGGAAGAUCCUCGAGGAUUGGCGCAGCUAAUUGUGAAGGAUUUGAAGGAGGGACUUUUGCUUUCAAUGCCUCAAUAUGGCGCUAGACUUUGA